AUGGGUCACUCUCGGUGUUUUUCUACCUACGACGACGACUUCGAGUUCGACGAUGCGUAUUUCAGGCAAUUUUACAAACCUUUGUCCAACCUUCCUACGCCUCCUCCAUCUUCCAAAAAUUCAUCUGCCGCGCAAAGCCCUCGUAUCACUUCUGAGGAUGAAGAGAGCGUUAGUCCAGAAUUAUUAGGGCCCGCCGCUCAUCUAGCAAGAAUGUUACCUCCUGGAGCUUCGUUUAUGACACCGUCUAUUCCGAUAGUGCAAGGUCUACUGGCACGUGCUAAUUUACCGAUGGAUAUUAUUGCAUUGGCGGUCUGCAUCCUAGACUCGUUAAAUUCUCGAUUCUCUCGAAGUUGGCGGGUAUCCUUCCCCUUAAACAGACCAAACGAACUCGGACCCAAACGCCACACCCUACCAUCUGGUGCCGUUCAAGCUGUCCAUAUCGAUAAUGUUCUCCCCGAGGUUAUAAUUUUGGCAGCAUUGGUGAUUGCAGACAAAUUUGUGGAGGAUUUACAGGAAUCUACUCAAUAUUAUGGCUCCGCAUGGGGCCAGAAUAUCUGGACGUGUGAGCAGAUCAAUUUCACCGAAAGGUGUAUUAUGGAAAACUUGGGCUACCGCAUCCUUCCCCUAUGGGAAGCUAAGUCUAUCAAGCAAGCGAGACACGAUAUCGAAAUGGCUCGGCGAGAGCUGAUCAACGAGGAUAUUGAAAUGGGGGAUGAGAGCAAAUUGGCUAAGCAUGGGAAGUCAAUGAGUUCGGGACAUGCUGUACUCGGCUUGGGUAUACAACUGACACCUGUCGAGACCCCCAAGUCAGAAUUUUCCACUCCAUUCGGUCACAUUCAUGAUGUUGCGCCAGAAACUCGAGAGGCCUUUAAUAACCGUACGACCUUGCCGGGGGACUAUUUACAUCUCCCCUCGACGGCAUUAACUCAAUGA